CUCUCUCUCUCUCUCUUCUUUCUCUCUCUAGGGUUUUGGUCUUGACGCAAAGAUCUACCAAACCCACAUUCAUAUUCAUGGCUUUCUCCUCUCUUCUCCGAUCGACCAACCCACCACCUGUUCUUGAAGCAUCCCGUCAAUCACUCUCUGCCCCUUCAUUUUCUAGCCGAUCACAGGUGUCAUCGGUGAAGCUUCAGUCCAACUUAUUUGGUGCUGCCGUUUCCGGAGAAUCUUCGUCUUUUACAGUUGAGAUAUCUCACGCACGAUGCAUCAAUCCAAUCAAAGCCACAGCCACCGAGACGCCUCCAACUGUUCCAAAGUCCAGUACCAGUGGCAAGACCAAGGUCGGAAUUAAUGGUUUUGGAAGAAUUGGAAGGUUGGUAUUGAGAAUAGCAACGUUUAGAGAUGACAUUGAGGUUGUUGCAGUCAACGACCCUUUUAUUGAUGCCAAAUACAUGGCUUACAUGUUGAAGUAUGAUUCUACUCAUGGUCUUUUUCAAGGAACCAUCAAUGUUGUUGAUGAAUCCACUUUGGAAAUCAAUGGGAAGCAAAUAAAAGUAACCAGCCAAAGAGACCCUGCAACGAUUCCAUGGGGUGAUUUUGGAGCUGACUAUGUUGUAGAAUCUUCUGGUGUUUUUACAACACUUGAUACUGCUUCAGCACACAAGAAGGGUGGUGCCAAGAAGGUGGUGAUCUCAGCUCCAUCAGCUGAUGCCCCUAUGUUUGUUGUAGGGGUAAAUGAGUCCACAUACAAGCCAAAUAUGGAUAUUGUAUCUAAUGCAAGCUGCACCACUAACUGCUUGGCUCCUUUGGCUAAGGUAGUUCAUGAGGAGUUUGGUAUUGUUGAAGGUUUGAUGACAACUGUACAUGCAACUACAGGAUUGGCGUGGAGGACGUGGUGCUGCACAAAACAUCAUCCCCAGUUCCACUGGUGCUGCCAAGGCUGUGGGGAAGGUGUUGCCAGAGCUAAAUGGAAAGCUUACCGGAUGGCUUUAGGGUUCCAACAGCAAAUGUUUCUGGUUGUGGAUUUAACUGGUCGACUUGAGAAGAAAGCUUCUUAUGAAGAUGUGAAAGCUGCUAUAAAGUAUGCCUCUGAGGGUCCCAUGCAAGGAAUUCUUGGGUCAAGUAUUUUUGAUGCGAAAGCUGGGAUAGGGCUAAGCACGUCAUUUGUGAAGUUGGUGUCAUGGUAUGACAACGAAUGGGGUUACAGUAACCGGGUCUUGGACCUGAUAGAGCAUAUGGCGUUGGUGGCAGCCGUUUCCACCUGAGUUUGUUUCAAGGGCAAAUAUGUCCUUUCCUUGCAUUUUUUUUCCCGUGAAAAAGCUAGUGUAGAAUUGAACGGAUGACUUGAUGUUUGAAAUAAAGAAAUUUAUCUACUUCAUACUUGCCAUCAUAUGACAUGAUUCGUUUUGCAUGGUGUGCUUUUUGAUGUUAUUUUACUUAAUUUGCACAAAAUAAUGAUUA